UUUGAUUGACAGCUGAGUGAAUGGUCGCGUCUCCGCCUCCCGAGGUUUGGCCCGGUGCACCGGGCGCUGGUCAGCCCCCUCUUGGCCUUGAGCGCCGUGGUGGCUUCCAUGCUUCGGUUUUCCUGCUCUAGCCUGCGCCACGUUCCUCCUGAGUGUGCGAGACCCGUUUGGGAUUUUAGAGAUUUUAGCUUGUCAGGUGCAAUGGCAGAUACUUGAGCAACGGAACAGGAAAGAAAACCCGCGCCUUGGGGAUUUGCUAGUGUUGGGAGGCAGCCUGUUCUGUUGCAAUGGGGAUAACUGUUUUAAAGGAAUAGAGUGCAGGAGUGAUUUAAGACCUGCUAGGGGAUAAAGCGCACGGGGAGGCGGGGUGGCUGCGCUGCACCUGGGAGGACCCUUGGGCUAGGGCGGUGAGCCCCAAGGAGUCCAGGGUAACUGGAGUUCAAGGGUGAUCAGGCACCGUGAGAACCAACUGUGUGCGUGCGAAGAGCUGCGGCCAUGUGACUGGGGCGUGAAGUGGUGAGAAAUGAAGAAUGGCUCCAGGAAAAUCGAGAUACAGAGGGAAUUUUUAUUCCAGGUUAGCAGAUGAGUUGCAUAUGCCAUCUCUCCCGGAAAUGAUGUUUGGAGACAACGUUUUAAGAAUCCAGCAUGGUUCUGGCUUUGGGAUUGAGUUCAAUGCUACAGAUGCGUUAAAAUGCGUAAACAAUUACCAAGGAAUGCUUAAAGUAGCUUGUGCUGAAGAGUGGCAGGAAAGCAGGACGGAAGGGGAGCACUCUAAAGAGGUUGUUAAACCAUAUGAUUGGACCUAUACAACAGAUUAUAAAGGAACUCUCCUGGGAGACUCUCUUAAAUUAAAGGUUGUACCUACAACAGAUCAUAUAGAUACAGAGAAAUUGAAAGCCAGAGAACAGAUUAAAUUUUUUGAAGAAGUUCUUCUCUUUGAGGAUGAACUUCAUGAUCAUGGAGUUUCAAGUCUGAGCGUGAAAAUUAGAGUAAUGCCUUCUAGCUUUUUUCUGCUGUUGCGGUUUUUCUUGAGAAUUGAUGGGGUGCUUAUCAGAAUGAAUGACACAAGGCUUUACCAUGAGGCUGACAAGACCUAUAUGUUACGAGAAUAUACUUCACGAGAGAGCAAAAUAUCUAAUUUAACGCAUGUUCCACCUUCCCUCUUCACGGAACCUAAUGAAAUAUCACAGUACUUACCAAUAAAGGAAGCAGUUUGUGAGAAGCUAGUAUUUCCAGAAAAAGCUGAUCCUACCCCUGCAAACUCCCAAGAAAGCAUACCUGUGGAAUAGAGUGUGAUACAGCAUAUACUCACUGCGGAAUCUGACUGGACACCUUGGCUAUUUGUAGGGGAGUUUUUUUUACUAUGAGAAUUGUUUUGUUUGUGUGCAGAUUUUCUGUCACCUUUAAGGAAAAAAUAAAAGAUUGUUGCAGGCAGGUUCCACUUAACUCCUGUUUGUACUGUGUAUCUUCAAAUUCGUACUAUAUGUUUAUAUUUUCUGGAGUUAAAUUUGUACUUGUAAAUGAUCACAAAUAGUCUGCAGCAGGAGUGGUGUGUGUACAUCUCAUGGGAAGCAGACAGAAUCUGCGUCCAUCAUGAAACACUGUCUCUUACUGGGAGGAGUUGGAUUUAAAUCGGUGAAUCCCAAUGCCAUGUGACUUUCCUAGGAUCCCCAAUCAUGCAUGUUGAUGCAUGGCUCUUUGCUUUGGGCUUUCUGACAUCUAGUCACACUUCUGGAGAAUUUUGCUUGUCAUGAAGGAAGUUGAUCUCAUAGUUUAAUGCACCCACAAAAUCUUAAAAAUGUGUCUACCUUCUAAUUUUAAAUUAGCUUUGUGAUACAAACAAAGGUUUAGAUACAGAACCAGGAAAACCUAGUGUUUCGGAGAAUGCAAGCCCUUGUACGUGCUUGUGAGUGUGGUUGUCUGGAUGCCAGAGCUCUCCCACCUGUAGGUGUUCUUCACACUGGCCUGGCAGCACAUUGAGUAUACAAAAGAAAAUUUCUUUUCUUUUAGAGAUGACCCUUUAAACAUUUUAUAUUCUUUUCUGCCAUUCUGGAUAUUCUUUAUAAGUGGAAAAUCAUGUAAGUACCAACUAAGAAAUUACUUGAAGUAGAUUUUUACAAAUUUUUGAAGAGCAGGAAGGCAAAAAAAAUGCUUUUAUUUGACUUGAAGUCAUUGUACAUAUUUCCACACGAUGGAAAACCUAUUAAAUAAGAACAUUUAAUUGAAAAUAUUUGCAAAACAUUUUAGGUAUUAUCUUGAAGAUAAAUUUGGGUAUUCAUCCUUGCUCAAACUUUGGUAUAUUAUUGUGAACCAAAUAGGCAGGGUGUAUCUUACUAGCUAAAUUUGGUCACAAAUAGUUUUUAUAUUUGUCUGCCUUUCACAUUACCUCCAGGGUAUGGGAAAUCAGGAUUCGUUGUUUAUUGUGUGUUAAAUACACUUUAUUUAAUGUCUUUGGAAUAUGUGAGGGACUAUACAUACUACUCAGCUUUCUGUUUUAUUUGCCAUGCAGAUUUAAACAGAUACUUCAUGCAAAUUGUAAGAAAUGAAAAGUUGUAAGAAUACUCAUUAGUUGGAGUUUCUGGGCAACAUCAUAUUAUGAGAGAGAAUACAUAUUUUUUUAAAAUUUAUUGAUUUAGAUGUCUUGAUAACCUGAGUAGUCUGAGAGUAAGUACAUGAAAAUUCAUUGUUAAAAAUUGUGGAGAAUUAAAAGAGUUGACCUUUUUUUCCUUUUUGUUUUUUUAAAGAUGGUGGGUAGGAUGAGUAUGCUUCUGACAGUUUCAUUAGUUUAUUUCUGUGGGAACUACCAAGAAAAUGUAUUUGGCCCUUGAUGAGUAUGACAUAUAUACCAGUUUAUAUUUAUUUGUUCCAGUUGUCUUUUUGUAAGAGAAAAAUAAAAAAAAUUACUGAUCUAUA